AUGUCUGACUCGAGAGACUUUGAGCCCUCGACAGAUGACGGCCAGGAAAGUGCUUCCAAUGAUAGGCGCGUUCUCAUGCGACAUCAGACCUUACGCGGCUGGAAAAAGCAUAUACUGAGCCCAGUGGUCAUCACCCUCAUUGUCCUCUGUCUUCUUGUGUGCGGAUUAAUUGUUGCUGUCCUGGUAAAACUUCAUCCUACUGAUGGCCAAUGCUCGCGGCAACUGUCAUCUUGGUCACCUGCACUCGAUGCCGUUGAGUAUAUCGACUAUGACUUUGACGGUGCCUUCAAUGCUACUAGCAUAUACCGUGGGCCUCCGACCCAUGAAAGAGAAUCCGCCUGGUUCAACCUGACGUACAAGCAUGCUGUUGAAAUCCCUCCCGAGAAGCUCAGUGCUCUGAACAAGUCUGAAGCGGAUCACCUGCAACAUGUUCCACCAGAAGUUGGGCCUGGAUACAUUGGGCUUCUUGAGAACAUUGUGCGCAUGUACACCUGGUGGCAGGCAGGUAAGUAUGACGAGCCGCCUGAGGGUCUGGUGCGAAACGAGCUGAAAAACCGCAUUCAUGUGGACCACUGCAUCGAGUCGCUGAGAGUUGCGCUCAUGUGCCAAAGUGACGUUUCCUUGCUCUACGUCCAGAUUGGGGGUGCGGCCGGAAUUCGGGCAGACUUUGCCUCUCACCAUCGAUGUAGGGACUUCCGGAGGAUAGAGGAGUGGAUCGACGAGAACUGGACCGUAGUAUGA